AUGAAAUCGCUCGUCGCGCGCGCGGAGAACGCGGGAGAUAAGAAGACGACGCUCGAGGUGCUGCGAGACGCGCGCGGGUGCUUUCGGCCGGGGACGCUGACGCUCGUGCUGGCGCCGCCGGGACACGGGAAAUCGACGCUGUUGAAAUCGAUCGCGGGAGUGAACCCGCUGCCGAUCGAGGGCGAGAUCACGUACAGCGGGCUGACGAAGAACGAGCUCGAGGCGAAAGGGGUGUCACUGCAUAGGUUGUGCGAAUACGUCACGCAGCUCGACGAGCACCUGCCGUACUUGACGGUGAAGGAGACGGUGCAAUUUUCUCAUGAAAACGCGUGCCACGUGCCGAGUGAUGCGGAAGGGAAGGCUGCUUACGACGAUAAAGUGGACAAGGUGAUCAAUCUAUUAAAUUUGGACGGAUGCAAGGACACGAUAAUUGGUAACGAUCUCAUCAGAGGCGUGUCUGGCGGGGAGAAGAAGCGCGUCACCAUCGCCGAAGCGAUGGUGAAAAAUGCGCAAGUUUUGUGCAUGGAUGAGAUCUCUACCGGUCUCGAUGCGGCGGUGACGUACAACAUUGUAGCUGGUUUGAAGGAAUGGGCGUCUCGAACGCAAGGUACGGGCAUCAUUGCUCUCCUCCAACCCACUCCCGAGGUUGUCUCGCUGUUCGACGACGUUCUCCUUCUCAAGGAAGGUGCAACGGUGUAUCACGGUCCUGUGGAUAACGUCGCUACCUACUUCAAAGGCUUGGGAUUCGCCCCACCCGCUGUCAACUCUGGCGCCGAUCUCGCCGAUUGGUUGAUCUCUUUGCUCGUUUCACCCACGGAAACGCUGUUGCGCGCCGGAACGCAACCGUCCGACGCGAUUCCCACAAACGUUGACGCCAUGGUGAAGUCGUGGCAAUCCACGCAAGCGUACGAGUCGAGCAUUAAAUCGAAGUGUACACCAGCCGACAUCGAACUGAAUACGCCGUUUGCCAAGAAUCAGUAUUCUCUCAGUUACCCUCGCUCAUUCGCCGAUCACUUCAAGUCUGUGUUCAAGCGACAGGCCCAAGUGACGCUGCGGAACAAGCUCUUCUUGCAAGCGCGCAUCUUCGGUGCGUGCGUAACGUCACUCAUCCUAGGUUCGGUAUGGUUUGACUUACCGCUCGAACGUGGGUUCGAAAAGCUUGGUAUGCUGCUCUUCUGCAUCUUGCACAUCUCCUUCUCAAACUUUUCUGAACUGACGUUCAGCGUCGAGCAAAAGUACGUCGCAUUCAAGCACUUGGACGCGAAACUUUUCCCCGAGCUAUCUUAUCUCGCGUCAUGGGCCCUGGUGCAUCUUCCGAUUGCUAUCGUGGAGACUCUCAUCUUCAGCUGCGUGCUGUAUCCAAUGGUUGGCUUGAACUUAGCUUUCAAACAAUGGGGCUUUUUCUACUUGCAGUUGGUGCUCGCAAACGUCGCGAUGGCGUCCUUCUUCCGCGUCAUUGCGUUGGUAUCUCCGACGAUGGAAGUCGCACAAAUCUACCCGGGUCCAUUCAUCGCAGUUAUGAUCCUCUUCGCUGGUUUCUUGAUCAGCCCGGAGCUUAUGGGAGGUUUGGAGUUCAUGUACUGGGUUUCGAUUUUCGCCUACUGCUUGCGUUCGCUAUGUCAGAAUGAGUUCCUGUCGGGUCACUACAACAGCCUUUGUCGGCAAAAUUUGAUCACGCCGUGCUCAAACAUGGGAGAAAUCAUUCUGGACACGAUUGGCAUCACCAAAGAUACCUCUUACAAAUGGGCCGGUCCGGCGUUUUGUCUCGGAUUUUUUGCUCUCACCUUUGCCGUUGGAUUGCGCACACUGCACACAACCCGCAUUCAACGUAAUAUCGGGUCCAGUCGCGCCGAAGAUAAAGCUCAAAACGAUGAAGAAGUUAUUCAAAUGAUCGACGUCGCGGCCGCCCAAAAGGCGAUGGAUUUUACCGCCAUGGCCAUAUCGUGGAAAGAUCUGUGCUACACCGUUGAAAAAACCGUGUCAAAACAACUGUUACACAAUAUUUCAUCCGCUGCACAACCGGGUCGCAUGCUCGCUCUCAUGGGGAGCUCAGGCGCGGGCAAGACAACCCUGCUCGACGUCAUCGCUGGUCGCAAAAACACAGGGCUUAUCUCUGGAGAUAUCAAGUUGAACGGACAUAAUGUGAAAAAAGAAACAUUUGCCCGCUUGACUGCGUACUGCGAGCAAAUGGAUUUGCACAACGAGUUCACUACGGUGCGCGAAGCGCUUGAAUUCAGCGCCAAGCUUCGCUUGCAUCCGUCCAUCUCCGAUGAAACUCGCGUUGCGUUCGUCGAUGAAGCGCUGGAGAUUUUAGAGCUUAACUCCAUCGCCCACAGAAUGAUCGGCACGUCUGGAAGUGACACCGGGUUGGCCCCAGGACAGCGCAAAGUGCUCACGGUGGCGGUUGAGCUGGUGUCAAACGCUCCCGUCUUCUUUUUGGACGAACCUACAUCCGGACUGGACGCUCGCAGCGCGUUGAUCGUCAUGAAGGAAGUUAAGAAGGUGGCUGCGUUAGGGCGUACGGUUAUCAGUACCAUCCACCAACCCUCGAUGGAGAUAUUCUUGAUGUUCGAUGACAUGCUUCUUCUCCAGCGGGGCGGCUAUCAAGUAUACUUCGGCGAACUCGGGAAGGGAGGCUCGACCAUGGUGAAUUACUUGCAAUCGCUGAAAAUGGCUCUUCCGCUUCCAUCGGGUAUGAAUCCGGCGAGCUGGAUGCUCGACGUUCUCGGUGGCAGCGACUCGAGCGGCGGAGCCUCGAGGAAGAAAGGUAGCAUGAAGCGCAGUGCCAGUGGCAUCGCCCUCGACGGCUUGCUGCUUGAUCAAAAAUUCAUGUCUAGCGCCGAGGGUCAGGCUGCGAUGAAGUUGGUGAACGCCAUUAGUGAGCAAGGAGCGGAUGAAAAAAUGUUUAGUUUCGAUUCUCCGUACGCUAGAACGUUCAAAACGCAACUUUUGGCGAUCCUUUCGCGUGCGAACAAGUCGCAAUUGCGCGAUGUCGGCUACAACUGCGGACGCAUCAGUAUCCUCACAAUCUUGUACAUUCUCUUUGGCGUCAUUUACCUCGACUUGAAGAUUACAGAUGAAGCUGGAGUGCAAUCUAUGGUAGCGUGCGUGUUCAUGACGACGAUUUUCACUGGUAUUAUUUGCAUGAACAGCGUCAUGCCAGUGCGAGUUCGGGAGCGAGCGGUGGCAUUCCGCGAGCGCAGCUCGUACAUGUACGACGCUAUUCCAUUCUCUUUGGCGACGGCUAUCAUUGAAGUCCCUUGGAUCGCAAUCAUCAGCUUAGUCACCGUGAUUCCGAUGUAUUUCCUCGUCGGUAUGAUUCCAACCGCACAGCGUCUCUUUUUCCAUAUCCUCGUCAACUUCUUGGUAUCGUUCACGUUUUUGAGUUUUGGUCAAGCCAUCGCGUGCAUGUGCUCCACCAUUGAAACUGCGCAGGCGGGCACUUCGGCGUUCAUUCCCAUCGCGUUCUUAUUCGGUGGUUUGUACUUGCCCCUUCCGCAGAUUCCAGUCUACUGGCAGUGGGCUUAUUACAUCAAUCCUGUGGCGUACGCCAUUCAAUCCGUCGUCGCGCCGCAGUUCGAGCGACGCGGGUGCUCUGGCCCAUACCCCAGCGGCAACUGCCCGACGAUUCAAGCGUUCCGAGGCUCUUACUUUGAAACCAUCGACACUUUAACGUACGUCGAACAAAAGUAUGAGAUCAAGUUCUCAGAACGCUGGAUCUCGUGCGGCUACCUCUCCAUCUUCGCCUUCGGCAUGCAGUUCGUCCACUCCCUCUUUUUCAAGACGAGCAACGUCGUGAAGCGAUGA